GUGUCAAGAAUAACGAAGCAGCAACUAAAAGUCCUGUCCUUUAUAAAGUGAUAUCGAUUCCUCUCAUUAAUUACAUCAUUAUCUCAUCAAAGGUUGUUGAAAAGAAGUUUUGUAUCCUUUUGCAAGCUAAAUUGAUCCUUUCAUUGGAUCCUUGUUCUGUAUCUUUUAACUCAUUAGGCACGCCACACUAUUGUUACUGUUAUUAACGAGGAUGUCGGUUAAUCCUGUCGUCAAAGUGUUCCUUACGCAGCCGAUACAAAAUGUUUCUGCGUCUACCCUCUCUUCUCUAGUGUAUGAGUUAAAGAGCGACCUGCUUAAGUUAUCGACGAGCGGCGAUACCGCUGCCAACGAUGGCAUUCUCCACGACGUCCUACAACGGCUUGUUAGCAUCGCGAAUAAUGGUACCAAAAAUACAACAAUACGGUCCAUGGUACUUGAGUGUUUGUACUGGAUUUCCCAUCACGCAAGCGAUGCCGUCCGUCAGGGCCCCUUAUUUGAUAGUGUUUUGCAGCUCAACGAAUCUUUUGAGGCCAUGCUUGAGCAGGAGGGGGAUACGCUAGAGCUUCAGUAUCUCAUGCUAAGCGUGCUGCUUUUACGCGUUUCAGGGUACGGGCGCCUGAAGGUUGGGGACCUCCUCGAGGACCUCUACCGCGGCGAUGCCCGGCGUGUGGUGAGCCUUCUCCUUAAGUUGCUGGAAGACCCUAGCUACGAGUGGCCCUUAUGCGAGGCCGCCGCGCGGUGGAUGUUCGAGCUGACAACGCCCGCCUGCUACUUUGCUGCGGAGACCAAAACAGACCGCGUGAUCGAUGUGUCGGUGUUUCAGGGAAAACUAUCCGUAGUUCUGGAGCAUGGGAUGACGAGCGGCGCGUUUGCCGCGAUGUUCGCGGGGAUUGUCGAGCUGUGGCGUCGGUCCUGGGGGGAGAACGCUGUCCUCGGUGCCCUCAGCUCCUGCAACACCAUCACUGGUGGGAGCGUGUUCACUUCGAACCAGCUCACCAAGCUGGUGCAGUGGGCCACCUUGCUACACUUCGUCUCCGCCAGCAUUGAGAAUCUCUCCGCGUACUGCAAUCGGUCUCAGUUCGUGAAGAGUCUGCAGCGGAGUUUUUUUCUCGAGUCGCAGGCCUUCCUGGCGGACGUAGCGAUUCCUUUCAUCAUGGCGGCCAUUCAGGCAUGGUCGCACGGCGUUGGAAGUAGGACCGACGACUUGGGAAGUUGUGAGCAUCCCAAAGCCGAUCCCAUGCUGCGGGCCGCUAUCGAGGUGUUGCAGUUUCUGCGGUUUGCUUUAUACAAGGCACCAGCUACCCCACCUCCAAGCGAUGCGCUUCUCCACGCGUUGAAAAGCCUCGCGCAGCAUGUGGUCCAGCGUGAGUCGACGCUUAGCAGGGACGACACCGGAAUGGCAGUAAUCCUUUUGGCGGUGGAGUUGCUCUGUAAUAUCAACGCCAAACGGCAGCGGGCGCUGAGCAAUGUUUUUGAGACGCUCCUGAGAGUCAUUGCCUCUGAUGAAUCGCCCGCUUGCUACGUUGUGGGCUUGCCAUUUGCGAACAUCUUCAUCGCGCACUUCACAGGCGAGACCUCGUCUUAUGUCGAAACCCAGAACGAGUCUGUGGAGCUUGUCCAUCACAUGUUUUCGAAGCGCAAAGAGGAAAAUGAUGAGUUAGGAGAGGCUGCGAUCGCUUUGGAAGAACAGCUUGACGUUGUCCAAGAGGCGAUUAUGCAGUGGACACUUGGUCAGGCCUUGGAUGAAUUCAUGUGCAUGUUGUCAGCGCAACCUCUAAUAUCCGGAGGCGAUCUCAUUGGUACUGGUACAAUUAAAUCAUAUCCCGUACCGGAAGGUACUCUUUCUAGACAUUUGCCUAGUGGUAGACGCCAUGACAGCAGAAAGCCUAACAGGGCGAAGCAUCCAGCGAAGUAUUGCUGUCAGAUGACAGGGAAGUUGAUGCGGGAGCCGGUGACGUUGAGAAGUGGGCAUCACUUUGAGUUUGAUGCGUUAAACAAGGUGAUCAGCGAGGUUGGCCAUGUGAAUCCCUUAACAGGGGAAAUAAUCGAGGAGGAAGUGGAGGUUAACGAGGCACUCCAGCAGGAGAUUAGCGCAUACUGUGUGAAGCGUGCAGCCCGUUUAGAGUAG